UCCAACUGAUCCCUCCCUCUUUCUCUCCCGCUUGGGUCGCUGCGCCUCCACGCACAACCCUUCCACCGACCACGGCAGAGAGCGUCGCAGCCGCCGCCACUAUGCCGUCUCUCGUCUUGUCCGAUCCUCUUAUCUCCUCCGAGGAGACCAAGAAAUCGAAGCCCAAGAAGCCCCAGUACGGCUCCCCUGAGGAGGAGAAGAAGAACAAGAAAAAGAAGAAGCAGCACGUGGAGAACGAGCUCAGCGACCUCGAGCUCGACAACGGCACGGGGGAGACGACGGCGUCUGAGAAGAAGAAGGUUAAGAAGGAGAAGAAGAGGAAGGUUCCCGAUGAUGAGGAUAAGAGCGACACCACCUCGGAUUCCACCGAGGUUCCCGAGAAGAAAACCGCGACAGCUAAUGGGGCCCCGGCGAAGAAGCCGAAGCUGAUGAAGGACGAGGGAGAGACAGAUAGCGGUGCGGCCGACGAUCCGAACGCCUUGUCCAAUUUUAGGAUCUCGAAGGUCUUGAGGGAGACUCUGAAUUCGAAGGGGAUAAAAGCGCUGUUCCCCAUCCAGGCCAUGACUUUCGAUCUCGUACUCGAUGGGUUUGAUUUAGUUGGUCGAGCACGGACUGGUCAGGGCAAAACCUUGGCUUUUGUGUUGCCUAUAUUGGAGUCAUUGACAAAUGGGGUUCAUAAAGCAUCAAGGAAAACCGGUUAUGGAAGAUGUCCAAGUGUUUUGGUACUCCUUCCGACUCGAGAGCUUGCAAAUCAGGUUCAUUCGGACUUUGAGGUCUAUGGUGGGGCAGUUGGGUUAUCUUCAUGCUGCUUAUAUGGUGGAUCUCCUUACCGUGCUCAGGAAAUUUCACUAAAGCGAGGAGUUGAUAUUGUUGUUGGAACUCCAGGGCGCAUAAAAGAUCACAUAGAGAGGGGGACUCUUGACCUAAAAACAUUGAAGUUCCGUGUACUUGAUGAAGCAGAUGAAAUGUUGAACAUGGGAUUUGUUGAUGAUGUGGAACUCAUUCUCGGUAAAGUUGAGGAUGUUACCAAGGUUCAAACGCUUCUCUUCAGUGCUACCUUGCCUGACUGGGUGAAGAAGAUUUCCACAAGGUUUCUAAAGCAAGAUAAGAAAACAGCUGAUCUUGUCGGCAAUGAGAAACUGAAGGCUAGUGCUAGCGUCAGACAUCUUGUUCUUCCUUGUACUCGUUCAGCAAGGCCACAAGUUAUUCCUGAUGUCAUCCGUUGUUAUAGCCGUGGUGGUCGAACCAUUGUUUUCACUGAGACAAAAGAAUCUGCAUCUGAACUUGCUGGAUUAUUACCUGGAGCCCGGGCUUUGCAUGGAGACGUAAUGCAAGCACAACGUGAAGUCAUACUAUCUGGGUUCAGGUCAGGCAGGUUUUUGGUUUUGGUUGCUACAAAUGUGGCAGCACGUGGGUUAGACAUAAAUGAUGUGCAGCUGAUUAUACAGUGUGAGCCCCCACGCGAUGUUGAAGCUUACAUCCAUAGAUCAGGGCGAACUGGAAGGGCUGGCAAUACCGGGGUUGCGAUUUUGCUUUAUGAACCCAAACACUCCUUUAGCAUUUCUAGAAUAGAAAGAGAGUCGGGUGUUAAGUUUGAGCACAUCUCUGCACCUCAGCCUACUGAUAUUGCUGAAUCAGCUGGAUCUGAAGCAGUUGAUGCUAUCUCAAAUGUCUCUGACAGUGUUAUUCCAGUUUUUCGUUCACAAGCAGAACAUCUCUUAAGCUCCUCUGGGUUAUCAGCAGUGGAUAUACUAGCAAAAGCCCUUGCUAAGGCUGCUGGAUUUACUGAUAUAAAGAAGAGGUCACUGCUCUCUUCGAUGGAGAAUUAUGUAACAUUACUUCUUCAGACAGGAAGGCCAAUCUAUUCACCUACGUUUGCUUUUAGUACCUUCAGAAGAUUCUUGCCUGAUGACAAGAUUGAAGGUGUUAAAGGCCUCUCUCUUACUGCCGAUGGCACAGGUGCAGUUUUCGAUGUGCCUGCUGAUGAUGUGGAUGCAUUCCUGGAAGGCCAAGAAAAUGCUCACUCGGUGAACAUCGAGGUCCUGGAAAAAUUGCCUCCCCUGCAAGACCGAGACCAAUCGAGAGGUGGCAACUCAGGUCGAGGAAGGUUCGGUGGCGGCGGCGGUGGCAGGUUCUCUGGCGGUAGAGGCGGCGGCAGCGGUUCAUAUCGAAGAACUGGUGGUUUCUCUAAUGGAGGUGGUCGGGGAAGAGGAUAUGGUGGUGGAGCUAACAGAUUUAACAGGAGGAAGUGAAGCUGCAAUUUUUGAGUGUCCAACUAAUUUUUGUAUUUCUAAUCGAGGGAUUAAACUUAUAUUAUUUAAACCUAUAUCCAUUCAUGCAAUGACUUACGCUUUUUCGUUUGAAUGAAAAUGAAACAGUAGCUAUUGCUGUUGCAGUC